AUGGAUCCUGCACACUCCGCAGACGGUGACAAGAGGGAGGACGCGGUUGAGGUGGAGAGGAAGGACGAAGAGGACGCGCGACGCGCCAGGAACGAAGAGGAAGAUGAGUUGCUGAAGAAUUUGACGGAAGUCGAGUCCUUGUGUCCAAACUGCGAGAAAAAUGGCAAGACGCUGCUGCUUCUCCACAAGAUCCCCCACUUUCGGGAAAUCGUCCUUAUCUCCUUCUCGUGUCCGCACUGUAACUACAGCAAUCGGGAGGUCCAGUCUGCAGCCUGUCUCGCGCCCCAGGGCGUGCGCCUGGAGCUGACGGUGCGCUCGGCCGCGGACUUGGAUCGGCAAAUCGUCCGGAGCGAACACGCGACGCUGAUUGUAAAAGAAAUCGAACUGGAAGUGCCUCCCAAGCGAGACAGAGGAGAACUCACCACAGUCGAGGGCGCGAUUCGCCACAUGAUUGAAGCGCUGCGAGUUGCGCAGCCUGUGCGGCGCACGGAGGCGCCGGAGGUGGCUGCGAAGAUCGACGAGAUCAUUCUGCGCCUCGUGGGGUUUAUCGCGAGCGAAACUCUCGAGAAGCCGUGGACGUUGAUCCUCGACGAUCCAAGCGGGAAUUCAUACAUCGAGGCUCUCCCGGCGGAGCGGCGAGGCAGCGAAAGCGCGCUGCCGGAAGCCGCGAACCCUGAAGACUUUGCCUCAGUCGAGGGCGGUCGAGAACGCGAUCCGCAAAUCCUCGUGAGAAAAUUCGAACGGACCAAAGAACAACUCCACGAAAUGGGAUUCUACGAAACACAAAAUGAAGAGAAAGAAGGCGCAGAUAUUCCCGCGGCUCUUCGCGAGGGAAGCAGGCCGCACGUGUGGGAUCUUUCGAAGCCGCUUCCGGAAGAGGAAACUGCGAGCCAAGGAGAGACGAAAGACGAAUCGAAGGAAGGCGACGAGGACUACAUGUUCUCGCUCCCGGUCUCUUGCCCUCACUGCGGGACCGAAGGCACAAACAACGUGUGCGAGAUCGACGUCCCAGGUUUUCGGCGAUGCCUCAUUUUCUCUUUCCUCUGCCAAAAUUGCGGCGGGCGCCAUUCGGAAAUCAAAGCGGCAGGCGCUUUCGGUGCUGUUGGACGCCGGUGGAUUUUAAAUGUGGAAACCGCCGAGGAUUUGAAUCGCGACGUCCUCAAGAGCGACACAGCCAUCGUGGAAAUUCCAUCUCUCGAUUUUUCCAUGCGUGGCGGAGUCCAAGGAGGCGAGUUCACGACGGUCGAGGGUCUGCUGGGGAAACUGGCGACGGCGCUGGGGGACUCGGCACCCUUUGCGUGUGGAGACAGUGCGCCGCAGGAGAAGCGAGAGAAACUUUCGGAGAUCAUCGGCAAGUUGCAGAGACUCGAACGCGGCGAAGACUUCCCUUUCUCGCUCAUCGUCGACGACUGCGCGGACAUGUCUUUCGUCGGGAGGAGGCGCUCGGCGGUGCUGCAGAAGGCGCAGCAAAAAAGCGCCGCAAAAACCCCGACCGGCGAAUCGGGCAAACGGGAAGAUUCCGAGAGCUCAGCGACGCACUACCGAGACGGCGAGGCUACGGAGGAACUGGAGAAGAACGAGGAAGAAGUGAACCCUGAAGUCGUCAAAGAAGCCGAAGACGGUGCAAUCCUCGUCGUUAACUGCAUCGAUGACCAGCUGAAAACGGAGAGGUACAAGCGCACGAAGGAGCAGGAAGACGACCUCGGCCUCACCGACAUGAAAGUGUAA